CAGAAAUAUGUGACGUUCACCCCAAAGUUGAAGUUUCAACCUCCAUAUUCACACCUCUUGUUUGCUCGUCGGUGGUGGUUGGUGGCCGCUUAUCCAUUGGCUACAAGUUCAAAGCAUAACAAAAUGUUCGGCAUGAAGAGAUGGAGUCUCUUAGUCGUUCUUUUAUGCCUAUCUGUUGGUAGUGAGUGCCGGAGGAAGUUGAAGAGAGAUCAGUAUGAAAGCCUCAAGUCGGUAGAAGAAGUUGAAAUGGUUGAAGAGGAGGACCACGAAGAUAAUGGAGAUUACGAUGAGUUGGAGCCCUGCCAGUGUGGGGUCUUCAUGUCCCAACAAGUGGGAGUUAAAGAGGGGGUCCGUCGGGCCCGGCCACGGGGCCCGCCUCAAGGUGAACCCGUGGUCACCUACGACACCGACUCGCCCAGCUUGCCCUGUGGUUCGGGGGGCUUCAAGCAUUGUGUCAGCAAAUGCCUUGAUGUGAUCCUGAAAUACCUGCCCCGUGCCGGCCCCGUGAUCUGCGGCGCAGUAGAACGUGAUAUCCAUCGGGAGAAGGCGUUCCUCUUCAUCAAGAACUGUGGCGGCGAAUGGCAGCCCACUAGCUUUUCCGCCGGCAAGGAAUUCUGCUGCACUGACGGACAGCAUCACAAGUGUUAAUAUUAUGAUUUAAUAUCAAUGAAUAGACAAGUUUAACCUAAGGUUGCACCAAUAAUACUUCUCAGUACUCUUUACACACACGAAAUUUUACUUAACUUUAUUAAAGUCCCUACUUACUUAUUUUUUAAUCAAAC